CAAAGCCAAGCUGCUUCCUGCCUGGAUCGUAGCGUCCCACACUAUAUUUUUCGCGCAUUUUUUUUUUGUCAUUCAGUCAUUAAUAUUUUUGUGUUGAUCAUUAGUUCGCUGGGGCAACAAGUUGCUAAUUGAAAUUUCAAUUGGUUUUUCAACUGAAUGUUAUUUGCAUUCGAGUCUUUAUUACCGGAACGGAUCUGUUAAUUGAGCGAAUGAUUUUUUAAUUGAAAAGUGGUUAUUGGAAUUGAGGCUGCGACCUUCUGUCCAAAAAUAUUCGGAUAAUCAUUUAUUUUUUACUGUCCUCGGGAUGAUUACUUUGUAACAAUUACUGUUGCAAAUAUAAGAUAUUGGUUUUGAGAAAUUGGGAGUAUCCUGGAUACAUUGUUCCUUGUAUCCCAGUCAAUCGAGUCCGGGCAAAUGGAUCUGGAGAGACUCAUUGCCGAAGUGAAGGCCCGUCCGGCUAUUUGGGAUCAGAAAAAUACUCAUUAUCACAAUCGUGAUGUCAUCCUCAAAAUGUGGGGUGAAAUAGCGAGGGCAUGCGAUGUUUCGAGUGAGGUAGCUAAAUCAAAAUGGAAACACUUGCGUGACAACUUCCGGAAUGAACUGAAGAAGACAUAUCGAGGAAAGCAGUCGUGCGACGGUGGCUCUCCCUCGGGUGUUGAGCACGAAUCAAAAUGGGUAUGGUUCAAGAAUUUGCACUUCCUGCGGGAUCAGAUGAACUCACGUGUCAUUGGAUGUAACAUAAACCAACCUGGGCAUUACGCGGCCUCCCUGGAGGAGACACAGAUAGAGCCACAGAUCGAUAUACUCGAGGGCGAUGGUGAGGCGCACUUUGACGAUCUCGUUGAUGGUGACUCGUGCCAAUCAAUGCUCACCGGUGAUGAUGUUAUACAACAGGGUGGCAUCCCCAUUCGCAAACGUGGAAGAAUGUCGAGGAAGCGAGUCCUCGUGGAUCCACUCGAGUGCGACUAUCAGAGCAUUGAACGUAAGCGUUAUGAAGUCAUUCAAAGGCGACUCACGUGUCAGGAUGACAAUGAUGAUGAUACUUAUCAUUUUCUUAUGAGCGUAAGGAGUCCCAUGCGCAGUCUGCCACUCGAAAGGCAGAUGUACGUGAGACUCAAGAUACAGGAGCUCAUUCUUAACGAGAUCACUUCACUCCAGCAGGAUUCCAAGCUUCAUCAUCCUGCUAGUAGCAAUACCGAGGGACAAAAUUGCUCACCUCAGCCCGGCAACACUGAUUACUUUAUGUCAUAAAAUUAGAAGCUUCGAUGAUCUAAUUUUUACGCUAUGUAAUUUGUGAUAUUGAUAUUAAACCGAAUACUCAAGAA